CGCAGCCAGAGCGCGUCGAUGCUUUAAUCAGCGUGUAGUUGCAGCGUCAUCGUGAGGAACUGUUUGAAUGAAGUUCGGGAGGAGGUAGACCAAAAUAGGCGCCCCAGCAUCUGGAAUCGGUUAAUUGCAUCUACAAGAACAGAAAAUGCCCGUGUUUACAGUGAAUGUGAAAUGGGGGAAGGAGAAAUUUGACGCAGUGGAGCUGAACACAGAGGAGCCCCCCAUGGUCUUCAAGGCCCAGCUCUUUGCCCUUACAGGGGUACAGCCCGACAGACAGAAGGUCAUGGUUAAAGGAGGGACGCUGAAGGAUGAUGAGUGGGGCAACAUCAAAUUAAAAAAUGGGAUGACUCUGCUGAUGAUGGGCUCCGCAGAUGCCCUGCCGACGGAGCCUGCCGUGCGGCCCAUGUUUGUGGAAGACAUGACAGAAGAGCAGCUCGCCUCGGCGAUGGAGCUGCCGUGUGGACUGACUAACCUGGGCAACACCUGCUACAUGAACGCCACUGUGCAGUGCCUGCGUUCAGUGCCAGAGCUCAAGGACUCCCUCAGAAGGUACUCUGGUGCCUUGAGGUCCUCUGGAGCAAACGCGUCUUCACAGUAUAUCACAGCAGCCCUGCGUGACCUGUUUGAGUCCAUGGACAAGACCUCCUCCAGCAUACCCCCCAUCAUCCUGCUGCAGUUCCUCCACAUGGCCUUCCCGCAGUUCGCCGAGAAGGGAGACCAGGGCCAGUACCUCCAGCAGGAUGCCAAUGAGUGCUGGCUGCAGAUGAUGAGGGUCCUGCAGCAGAAGCUGGAGCCGCAGAACCCAGAGACUGCCAUGGAGACUGACUCUGAUAGCGGAGACACCGCUCCUCCUGCCAAGAAGAACUUCAUUGACCAGUAUUUUGGGUUGGAGUUUGAAACCACUAUGAAGUGCACGGAGUCGGAGGAGGAAGAUCCCACCAAGGGCAAGGAGAGCCAGCUCCAGCUCAGCUGUUUCAUCAACCAGGAGGUGAAGUACCUGGCCACCGGGCUGCGGCUGCGCCUGCAGGAGGAGAUCACCAAGCUGUCUCCAUCUUUGCAAAGAAACGCUCUGUAUAUUAAAUCCUCUAAAAUCAGCCGACUCCCUGCUUACCUGACUGUUCAGAUGGUUCGCUUUUUCUACAAAGAGAAGGAGUCCGUCAACGCCAAAGUCCUGAAGGAUGUCAAGUUCCCUCUAAUGCUGGAUGUCUAUGAGUUGUGCACCCAGGAGCUGCAGGAGAAGAUGGUGGCGGUGAGGUCAAAGUUCAAGGAGGUGGAGGACAAGAAGCUGGAAAAGCAGCAGCAGAAGGUGGAAAAGAAGGCUGUGCCACAGAAGGAGGUGAAAUACGAGCCCUUCUGCUUCCCUGAUGACCUGGGCUCCAACAACAGCGGAUACUAUGACCUGCAGGCAGUGCUGACCCACCAGGGCCGCUCUAGCUCAUCAGGACACUACGUAGCCUGGGUCAAGAGGAAAGAAGAUGAGUGGGUAAAGUUUGACGACGACAAGGUGAGCGUGGUGUCGCCGGAGGACAUCCUGCGGCUGUCGGGCGGAGGGGACUGGCACAUAGCUUACGUCCUGCUCUACGGCCCGCGCCGACUAGAAAUACUUGAAGAGGAGCAACAAUAACCGAGAGGGAAAAAAAACAAAAACCUAUUAAUGCCAUUUCCAAGCACUGUCUGCAUAGAUGUGCAAUAAAUAUUGGUGUCUUUAAACUUCUGACCUUAAUUUUAUUAUUAUUUUUUUUUGUAACCAACGGGGAUGCAGCCUGUGCAUCCUUUAUGCAUCAUAACCCAACAGGCGACCUGUCAGACAAGGUUUCUAAGAGAUACUGGAACCAAUGUUAAGAAAAGGGUUAAGCUCAACCCUCGACUGGGCUGUCAGGCAGAGCUCCUCCAUUACCUUACACAUUAAAUGAAUAUAUUUUUUAAAAACCUUUUUUUUGACCUGUAAGAUUUUCAUGCCUAUUAUGUGGUAGUAUAGUAUUAUUUUGAAGUCAUGUACUCCUGUACACUUGGCCAGGCUGAGUUCUUAGUGGAAGAGUGAAGGUCCUGCUGCAUGCCCUUUGGAGUUGGAGGUUCUCCAAAGCAUUCCCCGGUUCUAGGUUUUGGCACUGUUUUCUCAGUUCUGGUCCCGGAAGCCUACUGGGUAUGCCCUUGCGUUCUGCCAAAGCCUGGUGCGAGUUUGACUGUGAUGCUAGCCAUCCUGGAUUUGACGUCCUGUCAGCUGUACACUUUAGGUGGAAAUAAUACGUGGAUGUUUACUUUUAUGAAUUAAACUUCAGUUACCUGCUGCCGUUAAACAACCUUAGGGCAGUGGUUAACGGCUGCUCAAUCUUAACGGGCAAACACAGUGGGUUGCUGGGAACUGAACUGAGAAACAAGGCUAUUGCAGGGUUUUAUCAGAGACGGAACCACCACGCUACAUCUCUCGUUUGAAGUGGCUGUUUUUGCUGGCGGUUCUUGAAAGCCAACUUGUGUGCGUGUGUAUAAGCUUUGAAGACGGGUCUCUCUGACGUGAUCAGAAAAAAGAGUGCACAAUUUUACUCCAGUUUCAGCUGCGACUCCUCCAAUUCUGUGUAUCUUCAUUUUUUCGCAUUACAAACAAACACAUCGCUCUCAUACACUGCGUAUUUUGUCCUUGCCGCACGGGGUUAACUCCCUUCAGCUACGCGCAUGACUUGUGAGCUCUUCCUGCUGUCACCAGUGAGACAAGUCUUUGGGCUCACUUCAUAUCAGUGUUGCAGCCCAACGCCACCUCUACUGCCACCAUCAUAUAAGCCCAAAAAAAAAAAACGGUGUUUCAUUUUUGUCAUAAGUUAUUGAUUGCUGGCUUUUCAUACAUGGGAAAAAUAAACUGUUAUACUGAAGCUGGCUGUGUGACUGGUAUGAUUUUUUUUUUUAACUAAAGGGUGGUGUUUUG